AUGCGGAAGGGGGAGGAGCUGUCGCGGCAGCACGCAGGUGUGGGGCGGGGCCCGGACGCCCGGCUAAAUAGCUGGGGCCCGGGCCGGCCGAGGCUCAUUGCUUUGGCGCCGUCUGGGGAGCACGAGCCUGCGGUGGCGCGCAGCGCAUGGUGGCGGCUCCUCUCGGAGCGCAGCCGACCCGCCGACCCGGGCUCCGUUUCCCCUGCCCAGCGCGUCCCGGAGGCCGGCUGGAAGCCGAAACAGCAGCAGCCUUAG